AUGAGCCACCUUAACAACACAUUCCCGAUCAAAAGCAGGGCUGUUUCAAGCCGAGCAUAUAGACUUCUAGCGCAAAUGGUCCCCUACGGACAUCAAGCAUGGCAUUGGCAGAACAUCGGCUCCAAAAGCCUUCAAGUCGGAGCUCCAUGCAAAGACUUAUCCACCUGGGACAGCACCAGCAAGCAGGGAAUCCGUGCGCAGUAA